UUCGUCGUCACGCACUUCAACACAAUCCUCAGAAAACAACUUGUCAACGUGUACAUCAAGUUAAGAUACUCCCAAAAAACAAACCAUUAAUCAAAAUCAAGGCCAUUGUAGAAAUCGAACCAACCAACAUGGAUCAAUCAUCGCCUCAGAAACUAAUACUCGUCAACCGCGAUCCAAACGGCAUCGCAACGGUAACCAUUAACCGUCCCGAUUCUCUCAACUCGCUAACUCGUGCCAUGAACGUCGACCUGGCUCAGGCUUUCAAGAGCCUCGACCGUGACGAGGCAGUUCGGGUGAUCAUUUUAACCGGGUCGGGCCGAUCGUUCUGUUCGGGUGUGGACCUUACGGCUGCGGAAGAUAUUUUUAAAGGCGAUGUGAAGGAUCCGGAGAGUGACCCGGUCGUGCAAAUGGAGCGGUGCCGGAAACCGAUAAUUGGAGCUAUUAGAGGAUUUGCAGUCACCGCUGGAUUUGAGAUUGCUCUUGCUUGUGAUAUCGUGGUUGCUGUUAAAGGAUCCAAAUUCAUGGACACUCACGCUAGAUUUGGGAUAUUUCCUUCGUGGGGUUUGUCUCAGAAGCUUUCACGCAUUAUAGGAGUAAAUAAAGCCCGCGAGGUAUCUCUUACGGCCACGCCAUUGACUGCCGAGGUAGCUGAUAAGUUGGGUUUUGUUAACCAUCUUGUUGAAGAUGGUGAACUGCUCAAGAAAAGCAGAGAAAUUGCAGAAGCCAUUGUGAAAAAUAAUCAAGACAUGGUGUUGAGGUACAAGUCAGUGAUAAAUGAUGGAAUCAAGCUGGAUCUUGGCCAUGCUCUUUCCCUCGAAAAGGAGAGGGGACAUGAUUAUUAUAAAGGAAUGACGAAGGAGCAAUUCAAGAAAAUGCAGGAAUUCAUAGCAGGUCGAAGUUCCAAGAAACAGUCUAAACUAUAGGUUCUUUGUAUGCACCAAUCUCUCAAACUGUAAAGAUAUACAAUUUUUUUUUUCUUCUCAGAGUUGAGGUUUUACGAGUUAUUUACUCGUAAAAAUCAGCAGACACUGUUCAUCAACAUAAUGAAAUUUAGCCUCUGAUAAAAGUUCUUUAUUAGUAUAAAAUAAAAUGUUCUGUUAUUAGUUUCCUGUUACUUGUGAAUUUUUAUUGGUUCGGAAUGUGUUUUUAAUUCCUGUAA